CUCACUCUCACUCAUUCCACUCCUCUAUAGUUUCUAGAGAGAGAAUUGAUUGUUUGUUUUUCAGAAUAGAAUUUCCCUCAGAGCAGCUUUUCCUCUUGUUUCCAGCUUUUUCAAAAGAUUGGAUUUUGCCACAAUUUUUCAAUCACUUUCAUUAUAAUUUGUAUACAUUGAUUAUUAUUAUAUUCUAUCUGCCAAAAGCUUUUGAGCUUACGUUCACCACUCAAACUACUAAAUAAGCUCUGAAUCUUAGCUCUUAAGUUUAUUUACAGACUCUACAAAACUAAACUACUUCAUUGCAGCUGUUGGUUUAUGGUUCUGAUCUCCAGAUUUUCAGCAUUACCUCCCACCCUUGUUCAGUAGUUUCUCUCUUAAAUUUUUUGGGGGAUUGAAUUUCCAGAAGAGAAUGGUAAGACGAUUGCUUUCAAGGAUUGAUCUUGGAAGAACGGGUGAGGAGAGAUCUGGCUCACAGUACAAGAGAGUGAAGAUCCAUGGCGAAGUUCUUUUGGGAUUUCUGUUCAUCUGCAUAGUCCAGUUUUCACAUGCAGAUACUGAUCCCUCUGAUGUUGCAGCAAUAAAUAACUUAUAUACUGCAUUGGGCAACCCUGUUCUUCCCGGGUGGGUUCCUAGUGGAGGUGAUCCGUGCGGACAAGGGUGGCAAGGUGUUCGAUGUAAUGGCUCAGUAAUUCAAGAAAUAACUCUGAAUGGUGCAAACUUGGGAGGAGAACUGGGUGACAGCUUAGGAAGUUUUGUUUCUAUCAGAGCAAUAGUUCUAAACAACAAUCACAUUGGGGGAAGUAUUCCAUCCAGUUUGCCAGUCACUUUGCAACACUUCUUUCUUUCAGAUAACCAGUUCAUCGGAAGUAUUCCAGCCUCUUUAUCCUCGUUGGCUGGAUUGACUGACAUGUCUCUUAACGACAAUCUUUUAACAGGAGAAAUACCAGAUGCAUUUCAGUCUCUUACUCAAUUGAUCAAUCUAGAUUUGUCUAAUAAUAAUUUGAGUGGGGAAUUGCCUCCAUCUAUGGAGAAUUUGUCAGCUCUGACCAGCGUACAUUUACAGAACAAUAACAUCUCUGGUACCCUGGAUGUUUUACAAGACCUUCCGCUGCGAGAUUUGAAUGUUGAGAACAACCAGUUUGUUGGACCAAUACCCCCGAAGCUGUUAAGCAUACCUAACUUCAGAAAUGAUGGAAACCCGUUUAAUCUUAAUGUCAAUGCUACUAUAUCCCCGGCACGUCAACCUCAUUCUCCAGUGCCAGUAUCGCCACCAGGAACUGUGGUUUCUGGGACUCCAUCAUCUGGACGUUUACCUACCAAACCUACUGAUGGACCAACUGCAGCAAAGGAAUCAAAUUCUGUGAAAUCGAAAAAGAACACCAAGAGGGUGGUUUGGAUAUCUAUUUCUAGUAUAUUGAUGUUUGUUAUUGUAGUACUGGGACUUCUUCUCUUUGUUCCAAGAUGUAGUAGAAGAGAACAGGUUAACAAAAGUUCCAAGCAACAUCAAGUUGGCAAAUAUGGAGGUGAAAGACAGAAUCCUAGAGAAUAUGAGGAAUUUGUCCAACCACCUAGUCAAACUGAGAAAGCAGUACCAAAGGGUGCUGUUGUGAGGCCGAAAGGGGAUCAUCAAGAGGAGGCAAGGACAGUGAGGGCAAUUCCAAAGCUACAAGGCGAGCAAGAGAAGAAUGAACAAAGAAUGGGAACAAUCCCAAAGCUGCUAGAUCAUGAGAUAGAUAUGAGUUCGUUAGAUGUAUAUUCCAUGCCUUCACCAGCACCUCCUCCACCUCCACCACUCACUACUGAGAGUGCGAUUGUUGAACCAACCUCAUUCCACAAAGGGGCUAACUUCAAUCCUCCCAAAAAAAGUCCAGUUCCUCCCACUUUUGCUAAAACUUUCACCAUUGCAUCCCUACAACAAUAUACAAAUAGCUUUUCUCAAGACAAUCUUAUAGGUUUAGGAAUGCUGGGGACUGUGUAUAAGGCAGAACUUCCUGAUGGAAAGAUACUUGCUGUGAAGAAACUAGACAAGAGAGUUUCUAAUGACCAAACAGAUGAUGAGUUUCUUGAUUUGAUAAACAACAUUGACAGAAUCCGGCAUGCAAAUAUUGUUGAGCUUAUUGGAUACUGUACCGAGCAUGGUCAAAGGCUUCUUAUUUAUGAGUACUGUAGUAAUGGUUCGCUGCAGGAUGCACUCCAUUCCGAUGAUGAAUUCAAAACAAGACUGUCAUGGAAUGCUCGUAUCCGGAUAGCACUUGGUGCAGCUAGAGCCUUAGAGUACUUGCAUGAGCAGUGUCAGCCACCUGUGGUACACAGAAAUUUCAAGUCUGCUAACAUUCUCCUUGAUGAUGAUGUUUCUGUUCGUCUAUCUGAUUGUGGUUUGGCUCCAUUAAUAACUAAAGGUUUUGUAAGUCAGCUCUCAGGACAACUUCUAGCAGCUUAUGGCUAUGGAGCUCCAGAGUUUGAGUCAGGAAUUUACACAUACCAGAGUGAUGUUUACAGCUUUGGAGUGGUUAUGUUAGAACUUUUGACAGGCCGUCAGUCCUACGACAAAACACGAGCUCGAGGGGAGCAGUUUCUGGUGAGGUGGGCUAUUCCACAACUGCAUGACAUUGAUGCAUUAUCAAAGAUGGUUGAUCCUUCUCUGAAAGGAGAUUAUCCUGCGAAAUCAUUGUCAAAUUUUGCAGACAUUAUUUCUAGAUGUGUUCAGUCGGAGCCAGAAUUUAGGCCAGCAAUGUCAGAAGUUGUCUUGUACUUGAUAAAUAUGAUCAGGAAGGAAUCUCAGCAAAGUGAAUAAAUAAUUAUGGAAAAUUGUAGUGAUAUUUGAAGAUGAUUACAUCUACAAAGAAUUUCAUGCAUGAUUGCAUGUCACCAGAGAGGGUCUUCCUCCAUAUUCAAGCUGCUAACCCUUCCAAUAUUCACAUUGCAAGGAAGUUUUGUCCAAGAGAAUUGUAGACAUUUCAUGUCACUCCUCCACUGAUCUUGUGUAGCUCACAAUUUAUUAUUAUUAUUAUUAUUAUUUAAUGGUUCACUGAACAUACUAUGUUGGAGGUCCCUAGAAAUUAAAUUAAUCUCAUUUUUUUAUGAUAGCUUCCAUAUUGUUGAUAUAGAAUAUUAUUCAUUGUACACAUUCAAACUUUGCAAUAUUAUAUGUUGUCCCUA